UCAGAGCCCGGCUACCGGGGCUCUGAGGGGGCCCCGGAACCGGGAUAAGGAGGCCCGUCCUCUGCGGCGAAGGGAGGGCGGGGUGGAGCGUGCCCGGUACUUUCCAUACGGGUUCCGGGGCGCGGUAGAGGCGCACCGAGAGCGGAGGAAAGCGCGGCGGCCCUGGAACCUGGAUAUCGCGCGAGGCAAGCCGCGCGCGGGCGGGCGGGCUAUGGCGCAGGCGGGUUGCGGGGCCGGCGCUGGUGGCGGGGCCCGGUGCAUGGCGGUCUGUCGGCGGAGUCGCCCUCGGGGGCUGUCAGAUUUGUGACCCAGAAGGAAAUCUCUGACAUCAGCUGUGGCUCUCAGUGCUGGCCAGAAGCCAACUUCAUGUCUGAGUGCAUGAACAACAGUUUGCCAUGGAGAGCUUGGGGCUGCAGACGGUGACCCUCAGUGAUGGGACGACUGCCUAUGUCCAACAAGCUGUCAAAGGAGAGAAGCUGCUUGAAGGACAAGUGAUCCAGCUCGAGGAUGGAACUACUGCAUACAUUCACCAGGUGACCAUACAGAAAGAAUCUCUCUCCUUUGAGGAUGGACAGCCUGUGCAGCUGGAAGAUGGCAGCGUGGCCUAUAUACACCGCACACCCAAAGAGGGCUAUGACCCCAGCGCCCUGGAAGCUGUCCAGCUGGAAGAUGGCUCCACUGCCUAUAUUCACCACCCUGUCACUGUGCCAUCAGACAGCACCAUCCUGGCCGUGCAGACAGAGGUGGGCUUGGAGGACCUGGCCACAGAGGAUGAUGAGGGCUUCAGCACAGACACGGUAGUAGCCCUGGAGCAGUAUGCAAGCAAAGUUCUACAUGACAACCAGGCUCCCCACAAUGGCAAAGGGCAGCAAGUUGGAGACAGAGCAUUCCGCUGUGGCUACAAGGGCUGUGGGCGUCUCUAUACCACUGCCCAUCACUUGAAGGUGCAUGAACGAGCACACACAGGUGACCGGCCAUACAGGUGUGAUUUCCCCAGCUGUGGAAAGGCCUUUGCCACAGGCUAUGGGCUGAAGAGCCACGUUCGCACCCAUACUGGUGAGAAGCCGUACAAGUGUCCAGAGGAGCUGUGUAGCAAGGCCUUCAAGACCUCGGGAGAUCUGCAGAAGCAUGUCCGGACCCACACUGGUGAACGCCCGUUCCGGUGCCCUUUUGAGGGUUGUGGCCGCUCCUUCACCACGUCUAAUAUCCGCAAGGUACAUGUGCGCACCCACACAGGCGAGCGGCCCUACACAUGUCCCGAGCCCCACUGCGGCCGCGGCUUCACCAGUGCCACCAACUACAAGAACCACGUGCGCAUCCACACAGGGGAGAAGCCAUACGUUUGCACAGUGCCAGGCUGCGGGAAGCGUUUCACUGAGUACUCCAGCCUGUACAAGCACCACGUGGUCCACACGCACUGCAAGCCCUACACCUGCAGCACCUGUGGCAAGACCUACCGGCAGACUUCCACUUUGGCCAUGCACAAGCGCAGUGCGCACGGAGAGCUGGAGGCCACCGAGGAGAGUGAGCAGGCCCUCUAUGAGCAGCAGCAGCUUGAGGCCGCCUCUGCAGCUGAGGAAAGCCCACCACCCAAACAAGCCCACAUUGCUUACCUUUCGGAGGUGAAGGAAGAGGGUGAUGACAUCCCAGCCCAAGUGGCCAUGGUGACAGAGGAGGAUGGGGCCCCCCAGGUGGCUCUGAUCACUCAGGAUGGCGCCCAGCAGGUCAGCCUAUCCCCAGAGGACCUGCAGGCCCUGGGGAAUGCCAUCAGUGUGGUGACCCAGCACAGCAGCAGCACCCUCACCAUCCCCAGCCAUGACAGUGACCUGGCCACAUCAGGCACGCAUACAGUCACCAUGGUCAGCGCUGAUGGCACCCAGACACAGCCCGGCCUCACACAUUCCUCCUUUUGCACCCCAUCUCUGCAGCUAGAGGAGCAGCAGACCUUGGAGGAGGCCAUCAGUGUGGCCACUGCUGCCAUGCAGCAAGGGGCAGUGGCCCUGGAGACCACCAUGUCAGAGAGCGGCUGCUGAGCCUGAGGGCUGGCUCCCACCCCAUGCUGGCGGAAGUGCCGCGCUCACAGGCAACCCUGCCUAAGGGCCCUGGCUGUGCCUGGCACAUGGAAGGUGGCCACGUAGGUGUCUGGAGAGAGAAGGCAGCCCAAAGUUGGCCUCACUGAAGGGGAAGGGCCCCUGCCUGAGGUGAGGGCCAGGCAGCAGACGCUGAGGAAAACCAGCCUGAUCGCUAGGCGGCACUAGGACCUGCUCUCUCCCUUCUGGAAAACACCCAUCCCGCAUCUGUCCAGUCCCCCUCUCAGGUGGAGAUGGGGGCAGUGGGCACUGGCCUCCAUGCUGACAGGUCAGGGCCUAACAGGGAAAAGGGCAGAUAGCUCUUCAGCCCUGGGCGUUAGGGCAGAGCAGCCCAGCCUUGCCCAGCAAUAACACCUCCUGGAGGCAGCCAGGAUGUCUGCCACUUGGCACUAGAGAUUUCCUGCCACCACAGAAUUAAUUCCUCAGGGGCCUGUGGCUGGAGCAGAGGUGCCCAGCUCCCCACAACACACCCCAGCUGCUUCCCAAUCUCUUUGUGGCAAAAACAGGGAGUGAGUGGCCUGUAUAUAGACUGCUGGGGGUUGGGUUUCAUUUGUUUUGUGGUUUGUUUGUUUUUUUAAAUUCCAUUUUGAUAUUUUUUUCCUUCUCUGGGUGGUGGUGGCAAACGGGUGAAUGACUAUUUAAUAAAAGU